AUGAUGUACUCCAAGACCCUCGUCGCUCUCGUCGCGCUCGUCGCCUCCGUCGCUGCCGUCCCCGGAUGUGUCCCGAAGCCCAAGUACGAGCCUUGCGGUGGCUUGACUCCCGUCUCUCCCAGGGAUACGGGAUGUAACGAGGGCUUCACCUGCGUGUCCGACCCGAGGAAGCCCGGAUGCGGUCUGGCCUGCGACGAGCCCGGUAUUUGCGUGCCCGAUGAUGUUGCCAUCUGCGGCGGCAUUGGCGGCUUCACCUGCGAGACCGGCCUCGUCUGCUUUGACAAGCCCGACGACAACUGCGAUCCCAGCGAGGGCGCUGACUGCCUCGGCAUCUGCCUCCACCCCCUCAGAACGGCCCGGUCCAGAGGAGGAUCUAAGCGACGACUAGAGUCGGCGACACCAAAGAAGGCAGUCUCGGCGGCGCUGCAGCCAAACGGCCAGGCUCGUUUCACCCGCCCACGCCUAUUUACCACGACCUCGGGUCCCAAACCCUACACGGCCGUGACGGUCUCUAUCGAGAACCUCACGAGCGAGAUAUACGAGGAGGAAGAUUUGAGCGGCAUCCCCGAGCUUGUGGAAGUCAUUAUGCUGCAGGCUUCCGGUCCCACCGAGGCUGCCCGCGCGAUCCGGAAAAAGCUCAAGUAUGGAAACGUCCACCGACAAAUACGAGCCCUUGUGCUGCUAGACGGCCUCAUUCAGAAUGCCGGCUCCCGCUUCCAGCGUUGCUUCUGCGACGAAGCGCUCCUCGAGCGACUGCGUGUGUGCGGAACCUCGGGCACCUCCCACCCUGAGCAACUCCCCAAGAGAAAGGCGGCCGUCACCCAGGAACGGUCCAAGGUUGUGAGGAGACCGAGAAUCCUUUUGAUAACGACGAAGAGGAGGUCACGGUCGUUCCUCGUCCGAUCUGGGUCCUUCUUUGGGUCCUCCUCCAAGGACAAGAAGAAGAAGGAUAAGGAUAAGAAGUCCAAGAGCCGCAAGCCUUUCAACCUGGAGGCGGAGAAGGACCAGAUGAAGGCCACCAUUGCCGAAUCCUCGAUUUCGGCGACGAACCUGAUGAAUGCCCUCAAGAGCAUUAACCGUGAAACAGAGCGCAUCUCGGAUAAUCAGUCGGCCAUCCACCACGUAGAGAGCGAGCAAUACCUAGGCAGCCUGCUCCACGCCAACGACGAGCUCAUCCUAGCCCUGAUGACGUUCGAGCAGCUCGACCGCUCCAUCGAUGCCGACAGCGACUCGGAGGAUGAGCUUGCGGAGCAAGCCCACCUCUACCGAAUGGCUCAACUUCGAGGACGCGAGUCUAACCCCGCGUCACCCACGAGCCCGACGCCUGAUGUCGCUGGGCUCAGUAUCAGCAGCAGCAGCCCGCCGCGCCCCGCGCCUCCGAGACCAUCGGCGAAUACCAAACCCACUGUCCCGGCGGUGCCCCAGAGGCCACGGUACACGACGGAUGACGAGAGUGAGGAAGAAGAUGAGAAUGAUCCAUUCGCAGAUAGGAAUGAGUCUGUGAACUUUUAA